GUACAAUGCUUACCGCACGCCUACCUUCCCACAGUUCCGAACUCAGUACAUCCGCCGACGCAGCCAGCUGCUCAGAGAGAACGCCAAGUGUGGCUUUGAGCCAGGGCUGCGCAGGCAGUACCUGAGGCUGCGCAGUCAGCUGUUGGCUCUACGCUACGGGCCCCUGUCUGAGCAGAGCAGCUUCAGGGCCAGCAGUGUGCGCAGCUCCCGCACCACACUGGACCGCAUGGAGGACUUUGAGGAGGACCCUCGUGCUCAAGGGGCUCGCGGUCACCGCCGGUCUGUCAGCAGAGGCUCCUACCAGCUGCAGGCGCAGAUGAACAGAGCCGUCUACGAUGAGAGGCCUCCGGGCAGUUUGGUGCCCACCUCCGUGGCAGAGGCCAGCCGYGCGAUGGCAGGAGACACAACCUUGAGUGAAAACUAUGCUUUUGCUGGCAUGCAUCACAUAUUUGACCAACAUGUCGACUCUGCUGUUCCACGGUUACAGUUUGCUAACGAUGACAAGCACCUCCUUGCUUGUUGCUCCCUGGAUGGAACCCUGUCCAUCAUGACGCUGUCCCCACCUCCUCCCACCGUGAAAGUCACUCUGAAAGGGCACGGGGGUCCUGUCACAGACUUCGCCUGGUCUCUGAGUAAUGACAUCAUUGUGUCGACGUCAUUAGAUGGGACCCUGCGCAUCUGGAACACAGAGGAUGGUCGGUGCAUUCGAGAAGUCCGAGACCCAGAAUCCAGCGAGCUGCUCUGCUGCACCUUCCAGCCAAUGAAUAAUAACCUUACUGUGGUGGGAAACAGCAAGCACCACCUGCAGGUGGUUAACAUCUCCACUGGGAAGAAGGUGAAGGGGGGCUCCAGUAAGCUGACAGGCCGCGUGCUGUCUCUCUCCUUUGAUGCACCGGGGAGGAUCCUGUGGGCUGGCGAUGACAGGGGCAGCAUCUUUUCCUUCCUCUUCGACAUGGCAACAGGGAAGCUAACCAAAGCCAAGCGGCUGGUGGUGAGUGAAGGCAGCUCCAUCUGCAGCAUAUCUGCUCGCUCCUGGAUCAGCCGGGAGGCCAGAGACCCCUCCCUGCUGGUCAACGCCUGCAUCAACAAGCUGCUGCUGUACAGGGUGGUGGACAACGAAGGAACUCUGCAGCUGAAGAGAAGCUUCCCCAUCCAGCACGGCUCUCAGCACAUUCAUAGCAUUUUCUGCCCCCUCAUGUCUUUCAGACAAGGGGCCUGUGUGGUGACUGGCAGCGAGGACACCUGCGUCUACUUCUUCGACGUUGAGCGGAACACCAAGGCCAUAGUCAACAAGCUGCAGGGCCACGGAGGGCCCGUUUUAGACGUGAGUUUCAACUGCGACGAGAGUCUGCUGGCGUCUGCCGACUCCACCGGCAUGGUCAUCGUCUGGAGGCGGGAGCAGAAGUGAGGCGGCCCGCCGACACGAGGCUGCGUAUGAGAGGCCUGCUGCUCUUUAACCGUCCAAUAAGAAUCUGUAGGUUUCCACUGGAAUGUAACGGGCUGCUUCAAACGUUUUAAUGUCGUGUUCAAGUGCAAUCAAAUCAUCCUGCGUAGGUGAUGGAGGAUGUCUUAGAAAAGUCACUGGGUGGGUUGUGUGUGUGUGCGUGCGUGCGUGCGCGUCAGUACUCCUACACCUGCAGCUGUUUUUCAGGAGUGAUCACUACAACCAUGUAUGUGUCAUGGCUUCCCUCCAGCUAGUGUGGAUGUGACUGAAUUCAUGUGAAGAGGAUGCUACAUAAUCUUAGUGGGGGGGCAACACUUUGUAUCACACUGACGUUCCCUCUGGCAUAACUCUAGUUCACUAUUUAUAUAACUCUUAUUCAAGCAGUGUAAUCAAGUGUUGUACAACUGCCUUGUUUGCUCUCUGUUGCCUGUUUGCAUUUGAGACCACGUGCAUGAAACUGAGCUGCGAUUCAGUCAGUAGGCAUAUCAGACCAUUUAUCCCAAACGAUAAGCGUGUUUAUAAGUAUGUGUUUGUACGUAUUUGUAUAUGUGUACUCUGGAUGCUGUUUGCAGGUUCAAAUAAUUUAUUUAACACAAAUAAACUGCUGUCAUUGUCAGUUCA